UUACAGAUUCUCAUUCUGGAUAUUUUCUGGCAGCAGUGUCAGAAGUCACAAUGGCACAUUCAGCACUUUGGCUGGUGUUGUUGCACUGGAUGUUCCUCCAAUCUCCAAGCAAGUGUAACAAUUUAACCCAAGCCGAACUGCAAGAACUGGAGAUGAUCAGCACCUGGGUCAUCACCCGCAGUUUUCCCUGCAGUGCCACCUGCGGACUUGGCCUCCGCACUCAAGAGCUCUGCCCUACUGGGGGAAACCGAAACAUCUCCAGCACCUCCUGCAAGAUGAGGACCAUCCGCUGCCUAGACACCUGGCAGUGUGGACUAAAGACCCAAACAACUACUGCUGGUCAGCGCCUGGUGCUAGACUGCUUAGAGGAAGUGAUGGAAGCCAUGGGCCGCUUUGCAUUUGUGGUGUCUUGGCGCUUCGCCGGUGGAAUCAUCACUUCUGAUGACUCGUUAUUCAGCCGCUAUGAAGCCCUGAGCCUGGACAAGGUGGUGCUAGACCCCCUUAGAGAAAAGGAUUCUGGGACAUACCGCUGUGACGUACUAGACACCGGCAAACGAAGAGUGAAGAGGAUGUAUAAAGGGGUGAAAGUUUUAUCACCUAAAGAAGUGAGUUUAGACUUUGCUAAAGGUCUGAUUCACUGGGAAAACCCUGAGAGUCUGUUUCCUAACACGACGAGCACAGGAAACCCGUAUCCCAGCAGCAUCGUCCGAAACAUGGCACUGAUAAGUGUGUCCGUAUCUGCUGCAAUAGCAGCACUCAUCCUUCUGCUCUUGUGGGGAUUUUACCGGAUAACACUUAGAAGAACAGCUCAACUUUCCCAGAACAAUGUUUGAAAACGCUUAAAAGAUUAAAAAAGUCCUUAGUCACUGAUGCAAAGUGUUAAGAAUGAGUUUGACCAAGUCAUAAAUGCAUGCGAUUGAAAAACA